AUGAGAUUGUACCUCAAUGAGAGACCAAGGACUCUUAUAAUUGUUAGUAAUAACUAUGCGUUGAUUAUUAGACAUCCUUUCCCUACCUAUAAAAAUUCAAACCAUCACCACAUCCACCACCAUCAUAUACAUUUGCAUCAUCACCAUGGAAGUACAUCAGGCAAAGGGGUUGAUUCUAAAGGAAGAUUAUCAUCUAAUAAGGUUAUUGUUGAAUUUGUUAGAAAAGAUAUGUUGAAGUUGGGUAAUUAUAAAGAUAUAACUCCAAAUAAGUCUAAGCUGAACAGACAGCUUCUUGGGUUUCUUGGACUUUUGAAUGUCAAUAACAAUAUCCACCUAGGAUUUAUUACUGGUCAGACGAAGAUUGCAUCGCCGAUGAUAGGAGAAGAUAUUCAAAGAAUCACGGGUGUAGAUUUUUACUGUUUAAAUAAUGAUGAAUAUGACUAUUUAAUUAAUAGGUCGGUGAUCAAUGAAGAGGACAUUCAAAAUCUCCAUCUGCAAUCACCCCAAUAUGACCCUGAAAAGGUUUCUUCGGGAUAUCCUGCUGCAUCAGUAAGAAAAUUGCUUGAGCUGGGUGCAUUUUAUUACUCCAAAGAUUUCGAUAUAACCUCGAAUGUUCAAGAAAGAGGUUUCCGAGAUAUAAAUGACCCAACAUUCACGUUAAUGGCAGAUUCCCCUUACUUUAAAAGAUUUAUGUGGAAUUCGUACAUGAUCUCAGAAUUUAUUGAGUUUCGUAAUAGAUUGUCGCCUCCUGAUAGGUUACAAUUUGACUUGACUGGGUUUUUAACGACUAUAACAAGAGGGUUUGCCCAAACUGUUAAUACAUGUAUAACACCAAAUGAAGAAGCAUUGUUGACAAUCAUUUCAAAGCAAUCGUGUAUGAAAAAUGGUCCCUUAUUCGGUGAUUGGGGUGUUGAUGAUAAAGGAGAUGUUUCGAACUUUGUUGAAACUGAAAUGAUUAUAUACACCAAGAAGAUUUGCUUUUCCUACGUUUUAGUAAGAGGAAAUGUGCCGACGUUUUGGGAAUUAGAAAAUCCGAAUAAAAAGUCACUUUUAUCGUCCAAAAAGAAUAAGAAGAUUUCCACUCCAAGGUCAUUUGAAGCAUCCCAACAUGCCUUCGUUAGGCACUUCGACAAACUUGUUAAUCAGUUUAGUGAGGUGCAUAUCGUCAACUUGUUAUCUUCGGACGGCUAUAAAGGUGAACUCAAUCAUAAUUAUAAGGAGCAUAUUGAUUAUUUCAAUAGGAACAUUAAGAAUAACUCCUCAAGUGCAAACGGAAAAAUGUCGUUGAAUUACAAGUUACCAUGUACUGAUUUACCAAUAAAUAUAGCUACAAUAAAGAAAUAUGGUUAUACGCCAUCGAAUCCUCGCAAUAUAUCUGAUAUCUUGGUUGAUUCUAUAAUCGAUUAUGGAGCCUUGUUUUAUGAUAAGUCAAAGAAAAACUUCACUGGUAGACAACUAGGAGUCUUCCGUAUAAAUUCAUUUGAUAGUCUUAAAAAGGCUAAUUUUAUUUCUAAAAUUAUAAGUCAAGAAGUUAUUGAAUUGGCAUUCCGUGAUACGGGAAUUGCAGUUGAUCCUGAUAUAUUUAUUAAGCAUGCUAAAUUAUGGUCUGAAAAUGAUGAGUAUUUAUCUAAAAUCACAUCGAGCUAUAUUUCAAAUUCAUCAAAAUUACAAGCAUCGAGUAGAGCAUCUACGAAGAGCUCAGUUAAAUCUCAUCUUUCUAAGAAGUACUUGAGCAGUGUUGUCAGUACAAAGCCCAGUGAAAUGGCGAUGCUAAAAUUAUUGGGUCAUUUACAAGAUCAAGUAGAUAUAAAACUUCAUAAUCCAAUCCAUGACUAUGUUACAAGAGAAUUAAAUAAAAGGGCUAAGGAGUUUAGCUCCUACGAAGAUAUUUCCAUUUAUGCAAGUACAUUUAACGUAAAUGGGCUUUGCUACGAGGGAGAUAUAUCUGAGUGGCUCUUUCCUAAAAAGGAAAAUAUUACUACCAACUAUGAUGUAGUAUUUAUUGGAUUUCAAGAGGUUACUGAAUUAACGGCUGGAAAAAUGGUGACUACAGAUUCAAGCAAUAGAAAUUUUUGGGAAAGAAAAAUCAAAAGUGCGUUGGAAGAAUGUAACCCAAAUCAUAAUAAAUAUGUUUCACUAUGGUGUGGCCAAAUUGGAAGUAUAGCAAUAUUUUUAUUCAUUAAUCAAAACAAAAUUGAGAACGUAAGUAACGUUGAAGGAUCAUUUAAAAAAACGGGAUUCGGGGGAAUGGGAGCAAACAAAGGUGCGGUUGCAGUGAGUUUCAACUAUGCCAAUUCAGAAAUUUGUCUUGUUGCGUCACAUUUAGCUGCUGGUUUAAGUAAUACGGACGAAAGACAUCAAAACUAUAAAUCUAUUGCAAAAGGUAUCAAGUUCUCAAAAAACAGAAGAAUUCGAGACCAUGAUGCGGUAAUCUGGUUGGGUGAUUUUAAUUACCGAGUUGGGUUAACAAAUGAGCAAGUAAGGCCUCUCAUUGAAAAGAAAGAAUUCUCUAAAUUAUUUGAAUAUGAUCAACUAAACAAGCAGAUGGCCAGCGGGGAAAGUUUUCCUUUCUUUGAUGAGAUGGAAAUUACAUUUCCUCCAACAUAUAAGUUUGAUAAUGGUACAAAAAACUACGAUACAUCCGAGAAGCAGAGAAUUCCUGCUUGGACAGAUAGAAUAUUAAGUUUAUCAAGGAACAAGAUUAUUAAACAAUUGUCCUAUGAUUCAAGCCCAGAUUUGAUAUUUUCUGAUCACAGACCUGUUCACGCAACAUUUACUAUGUCCGUCAAUGUUAUUGACGAAACAAUCAAAAAGAACUUGUCUCAUGAUUUGUACGAAAACUAUAGAAAGAGCAUUGGUGAUAUUAAUGAAUCGUUAAUUACAAGCAAUAAUUUGACAUUAUUUGAUGCUGAGUUUGAUGAUAAGGUUUUGCCAGCUCCAAGUUCCGAUGUUAUGAAAUGGUGGCUUGAAAGCGGGAAGCCAGCAAAGAUCAGUAUUCCAGAAUUGAAUAGUGAUAAUUUCCAUGAUGGUACUGUCAACAUUAUCAACCCAAAAUUACCACAUAAUCCAUUCAUGAAAACUGAUGAGCCUGAGUUCAUUUCUAAAAAAUCUUUGCUAAAUUUAUUAAAAUGA